ACACAACGGAGGUAGUACAUAGUUAACGCCAAGACGAAGAACGUUCGUGGGCCCAUACGCAUCCGGCCCAUGAUAGCCAAACCCUAGGCCCCCACUCGCGUAGCAGCCUGCCUACUUAACUAGUCGGCUUGGUUCUCUCACCGACUCACUGGUCGGAACUCGGAAGCCGAAGCUCGCGGCGGCCAUGACGAUGGACACGAUCCUCCACUUGGUCUACUCCUCCCUCCCCGAAAAUCCCGUCUCCCCCACCGCCACCCUCUCCGCCGCCUUCACUUCCUCCUCAUCCGCCGGGGGCGGCGGCGAGGAUCGCAUCAGCGCCCUCCCCGACGACCUCCUCCGCCACAUCGUCUCCCGCCUCCCCACCAAGGAUGCCGCCCGCACCACCGCGCUCUCCUCCCGCUGGCGCGGAAUCUGGCGCUCCACCCCUCUCGUCCUCAUCGACGGCGACCUCUUCCCGCAGGGGCCGCACAUCUCCGCCGCCGCCGGCGCGUCCCUCCGCAGCAUCAGGGACGCUGUCGCGAACGCCGUGACGCGCGUCCUCGCCUCCCACCCGGGUCCCCUCCGCUUCGUCGGCGUCAUCAACUUCUUCCUGGGCCGGCACGUCGACGCGCUCGCGGACUGGCUCCGCCUCCUCGCGGCCAAGGGCGUCGAGGACCUCGUGCUCGUCAACCGCCCGUGGCCGCUCGACGUGAGAAUCCCGGACACCAUCCUCCGCUGCGCCUCCCUCCGCCGCCUCUACCUGGGCGUCUUCCGCUUCCCGGACACCACCGGCCACCCACGCGGCCCCGACGUCUUCCCCCACCUCCAGGAGCUUGGCAUCUGCCACACCAUCAUGGAUGACGGGGACCUCGACCACGUGCUCGCCUGCUGCCCCGCGCUGGAGAAGCUCGCGCUCGUCGCCGGCUACGGCACCCCCUCGCGCGUCCGCGUCGAGAGCCGCCACAGCCUCCGGUGCGUUCUGCUCUGGUGGUCCAUGAUCGACGAGCUCGCCAUCGUCGACGCCCCGUGUCUAGAGCGGCUCAUCCUCUGGGGGACGUACCCCUGCGAGGAAGAACCCAUCAAGAUCGAGAUAGGCUACGCUCCGCAGCUCACCGUGCUCGGUUACUUGGACAUGGGCAUCCACGCGCUUCAUAUCGGCGGCAUGAUUAUCAAGGCUGGGGUGACGGAUGUGAGCCCGAUGGCAAAAGUUCCUAGUGUGAAGAUAUUGGGCAUAAAUGUGAAUUUUGAAGCCCGCAAGGAAAUGGAGAUUUUGCCCAGUUUCUUGAGAUGCUUUCCCAAUGUUGAGGCACUUCAUAUAAAGUAUAAUGUGGAUGAGUCCAAUGGCGAGCUCAACUCCAAGUUCUGGCAGGAGGUUGGGCAUAUAGAAUGCGUGGAGUCGAGCAUCAAGAAGGUGGUGUUCGAUCAGUUCAGAGGGGGUGCCAACGAGCUCGAAUUCAUCAAAUUCAUUCUGGAGAGGGCUCAAAUGCUGGACAAGAUGGUGUUUGUCGUGGAUCCUGAGAAUUCGGCUUUUGUGGAUCAGGCCAUGAGCACAAUGAAGUCACUAGCUUCCACAGACUAUACCAGUGCCAGUAAGAAGUGUUCACUGAUGAUGGUUGGAUAUAGAAAAGGUCCUCCCGCGUUCAGCUACAUGAGAGCAUCUGAUCUUUCUCUGAGUGACCCAUUCUUUGUUUCGAAGGAUAUACAAGUGACCGUUUAAUUAUGCCAUUGAGAUUUCCAAAUGUCUGGAUGUCAUCUGAUUUGACUAUUGUUCAUGGAAAGCUUUCUCUAGUGGUAUCUGAAAUCUGAAUGCAUGACUGCAUUUGCAUGGCACUGUUUUGCAUUGUUGGCAUGCAAUUGUUUUGAAGGAUGUUGAAGCAUUCCACUAGCAUGUGGGCUCAGUGUUAAAGUCAGCAGUAGCAUUUCUUAUGCCAAAAACUAUCAUUAUCUGAAUGACAACUGUUGGUAAUAUAUCUGCAUUGCGUGUGA